AUGCAGAAGAACAACAUAAGAGAAGGAGAUCGUUGGUCCCUCCCCACUCCUCCCUCUCCACAUUCCUCCAACAUCGAGGAAUAUUCCUCCUCCGCCACGUCAUCAUCAGGCUGCACCAUUCCCAACUGCAUCUCCCACGCCUCCACCGCCGCCUCCUGCUUCCACACUAACCACAACCGAAGAACGAAGAAGAACAGCAACAACAAGUCCUCCUCUCGCCACCACGGCGCGCCGGAGAUGGUGGCGGAGCGGGUGGACGUGCGGUCGAUGUCGUUCAUCGGGACGCACGAGUAUCUCACCCCCGAGAUCAUCGCCGGCGACGGGCACGGCGACGAGGUGGACUGGUGGAUGCUGGGGAUCUUCGUGUACGAGAUGUUCUACGGGGUGACGCAAUUUAGAAGGUGCGACCACGAGCCGACGCUGGUGAGCGUGGUGGCGCGUGCGCUGGAGUUCCCCUGGAAGCCGGCGGUGCCCGGGCCGGCUAAGGAGUUGAUUGCUCAUCCGCUGAUCAAGGAUCCCGCACGACGGUUGGGGUCGACGCUGGGCGCAAUGGCGAUCAAGCACCAUCCUUUUUUUACGGGGUGA